UCCUUCUGCCACUGUCUUAAAAGGGAUUCUGAAGGGAUUUUCUUUCCCUUGUUCCUCCAGCCCUCCACUUGCAUUACCCGACUGAGUGAGUACUCCCCAGCUGGCCUUGUCCAUCAUCAUGAUAAGGUCUGUGGAUUCCUGAUCAUACUUAGAGCCUGUGGCGGCCGCAGCAGACGCAAACAGUCAUUAGUGGACGACUCUAUUGUAAUAAACUGUGCUUUAAAAUGUAAACCAGGGAGCGUUUUUUUCCUCACAUUGUCCAGAAGCAACCUUUCUUCCUGAGCCUGGAUUAAUCAUGAGAGAGCUCGUCAACAUUCCACUGUUACAGAUGCUCACCCUGGUUGCCUUCAGCGGGACCGAGAAACUUCCAAAAGCCCCUGUCAUCACCACGCCUCUUGAAACUGUAGAUGCCUUAGUUGAAGAAGUGGCGACUUUCAUGUGCGCCGUGGAAUCCUACCCUCAGCCUGAAAUUUCUUGGACCAGAAAUAAAAUUCUCAUCAAGCUGUUUGACACCCGCUACAGCAUCCGAGAGAACGGUCAGCUCCUCACCAUCCUGAGUGUGGAGGACAGUGAUGAUGGCAUCUACUGCUGCACAGCCAACAAUGGAGUGGGAGGAGCGGUGGAAAGUUGUGGCGCCCUGCAAGUGAAGAUGAAGCCUAAAAUAACUCGUCCUCCCAUCAAUGUAAAAAUAAUUGAGGGAUUGAAAGCAGUCCUACCGUGCACUACGAUGGGUAACCCCAAGCCAUCCGUGUCCUGGAUUAAGGGGGACAGUGCUCUCAGGGAAAAUUCCAGGAUUGCAGUUCUUGAAUCUGGGAGUUUAAGGAUCCAUAAUGUGCAAAAGGAAGACGCAGGACAGUACCGAUGUGUGGCAAAAAACAGCCUGGGCACAGCUUACUCCAAACUGGUGAAGCUGGAAGUGGAGGUUUUUGCAAGAAUCCUGCGUGCUCCUGAAUCCCACAAUGUCACCUUUGGUUCCUUUGUAACCCUACGCUGCACAGCAAUAGGCAUGCCUGUCCCCACCAUCAGCUGGAUUGAAAACGGAAAUGCUGUUUCUUCAGGUUCCAUUCAAGAGAAUGUGAAAGACCGAGUGAUUGACUCAAGACUCCAGCUCUUUAUCACAAAGCCAGGACUCUACACAUGCAUAGCUACCAAUAAGCAUGGAGAGAAAUUCAGUACCGCAAAGGCUGCAGCCACUGUCAGUAUAGCAGGUAGCAAAUCACAGAAAGAAAGCAAAGGCUACUGUGCCCAGUACAGAGGGGAGGUGUGUGAUGCCGUCCUGGUGAAAGACUCUCUUGUCUUCUUCAACACCUCCUAUCCCGACCCUGAGGAGGCCCAAGAGCUGCUGAUCCACACUGCGUGGAAUGAACUCAAGGCUGUGAGCCCACUCUGCCGACCAGCUGCCGAGGCUCUGCUGUGUAAUCACCUCUUCCAGGAGUGCAGCUCUGGAGUGCUACCUACUCCUAUGCCCAUUUGCAGAGAGUACUGCUUGGCAGUAAAGGAGCUCUUCUGUGCAAAGGAAUGGCUGGCAAUGGAAGGGAAGACCCACCGCGGACUCUACAGAUCCGGGAUGCAUUUCCUCCCGGUCCCGGAGUGCAGCAAGCUUCCCAGCAUGCACCAGGACCCCACAGCCUGCACAAGACUGCCGUAUUUAGAUUAUAAAAAAGAAAACAUAACAACAUUCCCGUCCAUAACGUCCUCCAAGCCGAGCGUGGACAUUCCAAACCUGCCUGCCUCCACGUCUUCCUUCGCCGUCUCGCCUGCGUACUCCAUGACUGUCAUCAUCUCCAUCAUGUCCUGCUUUGCGGUGUUUGCUCUCCUCACCAUCACUACUCUCUAUUGCUGCCGAAGGAGGAGAGAGUGGAAAAAUAAGAAAAGAGAGUCGGCAGCGGUGACCCUCACCACAUUGCCUUCCGAGCUCCUGCUGGACAGGCUGCAUCCCAACCCCAUGUACCAGAGGAUGCCACUCCUUCUGAAUCCCAAGUUGCUCAGCCUGGAGUAUCCGAGGAAUAACAUCGAGUAUGUCAGAGACAUCGGAGAGGGAGCGUUUGGAAGGGUCUUUCAAGCGAGGGCCCCAGGCUUGCUUCCUUAUGAACCCUUCACUAUGGUGGCUGUGAAGAUGCUGAAGGAGGAGGCCUCCGCAGAUAUGCAGGCAGACUUUCAGAGGGAGGCAGCCCUCAUGGCGGAGUUUGACAACCCCAACAUUGUGAAGCUCUUAGGUGUGUGUGCUGUUGGGAAGCCAAUGUGCCUGCUCUUUGAAUAUAUGGCCUAUGGUGACCUCAAUGAGUUCCUCCGAAGCAUGUCCCCUCACACUGUGUGCAGCCUCAGCCACAGUGACCUGUCCACGAGGGCUCGGGUGUCCAGCCCUGGUCCUCCACCCCUGUCUUGUGCGGAACAGCUCUGUAUUGCCAGGCAAGUGGCAGCUGGCAUGGCCUACCUGUCGGAGCGCAAGUUUGUCCAUCGGGACUUAGCUACCAGGAACUGCCUGGUUGGAGAGAACAUGGUGGUGAAAAUUGCAGACUUUGGCCUCUCUAGGAACAUCUACUCCGCAGACUACUACAAAGCUGAUGGAAACGAUGCUAUACCUAUCCGCUGGAUGCCACCCGAGUCUAUCUUCUACAACCGCUACACCACGGAGUCAGAUGUGUGGGCUUAUGGCGUGGUCCUCUGGGAGAUCUUCUCCUAUGGACUGCAGCCCUACUAUGGAAUGGCCCAUGAGGAGGUCAUUUACUAUGUGAGAGAUGGUAACAUCCUUGCCUGCCCUGAGAACUGUCCCUUGGAACUGUACAACCUUAUGCGCCUAUGUUGGAGCAAGCUGCCUGCAGACAGACCCAGCUUCUGCAGUAUCCACCGGAUCCUGCAGCGCAUGUGCGAGAGAGCAGAGGGAACGGUAGGCGUCUAAGGUUGACCGUGCUCAAACAACACCCAGGAGGAUCUUUUCAGACUGCGAGCUGGAGGGAUCCUAAAGCAGAGGCCGGAUAAGACCAGAUAGGAAGAGUUUAACUCAGGCAGCACGUGCCAGUUGAUUGUUUGCCAAGAGAAGCAGAGGGUGAAUAGCCAUAGGGUUGAAGGGUCACAUCGAAAUAGGUAGUUGGAGAUACAGGAUAGCAGAGAGAACAGUGGGCAGCUCUUCUCCCUCAUAGGGCAGUUUCUAAUACUUACUGCAUAAUAAGAGCAUCACUCGUUAUGUUCCUACAUCACCUCUCAGCGCGAGACUGUUGUGCUUAGGUUGAAUACCACGCUAGAUGGGCAGCUUCAUUUUUAACGGAAGACGUCCUACCCAUUGCAAAAGCGGCCUGUCUUUGUGUGUACUUAGGUAACAGACAGGAAACUGAAGUCGGAAUCCAUUCUAGACAAGCGGCAGGUUUUCUGUUGUUUACAUUCUUGCACCGAAUGUGUAAUUUUGCAUUUGCGUUCUGGCAUUGGCUAUCUAGUUUACUGAUAGAUUUUUUGAAGAAUAAAAAAUGGAAAGUCUGCAGUCUCUGAGCUGACUGCGCUUCCUGGCUCCUUUUCCUGUCUGUCCUCCAGAGGGCCUUCCUUGGUGUGCACGCAUCGCGGAUGUGACUCACCUCAUUCCUCUUGUAGGUUUGGUUCUUCUUCUGGAAAAAAAUUCAUAACUUAUCAGUCUACCUUUUUCUUUGAGAACUGUACUGGCAUAUCUUCAUUAAAAUAACAGAAGCAACAGGUAAAUUUUUUUUUACCUCUGUCAAGUAUCACUUUUCCCUUCUGUCUGCCCUUGAACUUGUCAUACAGUAAUUCUGUUGCCGCAGGCCGCUCACUAUUGUAAAAUAUGAGGUGUGAUAAUGGAUAUUACAAGAUACUUUGUGGCUCCAUGUCAUCUCACAAGGGAUGUUUGCAUGCAUUCUGAUGUGCUAUCCAUACGAGGCAUUUUUGAUCGAUUGGUCAUACGAUUAGCUUCAUAGCUUCUGCACAGUGAAUUGAACCUCGUUACUUCAUAUGUUUUUUUUAGCUGCCUGGACUCAGGUCCACCAGUACUUAAGAGCUCCCCACAUACAUAAGGUCUCUCUGGAGAUGACUUCUCAUCUGCAUGUGGUUUCAAAGCCUACACUACGUGCCUUGUUAUUAUUUUCCUAAGGGUUUUCAAUGAAUAGGGAAGAAAGCCAGUUUUAAUAUUUAUCAAUUUAACCCAAUCUAAACAUCCAAGAGAUGGCAUGUUUGUCUCAGCAUGAGUUCUAAUUGCAUUUGUAGUGAAAAAUCACUCAAUUAUUUCCUUAGGGGUUUUAUAAUCACUGAGCAUUGAACCGUUAACUGCUUACAGUUUGCUAUCAUGUAAGAACAUGGGUCCAGCACUGCUUUCUUCCCUGAACAAAUAAUUAUCACAUUGUGGAGUAGCUGUAACACCACAAGAGGAGAAGCGGGUUAUCAAAUGCAGCCCGGUUUCAGUGCGUCGCCAGCAAGUCUAUAUAACUGUCCAGAUACCAAACGCAGCAAAAAUACCAAGUCAUUCUGCACAUGAUUCUCAAACACAUCCUCCAGUAUGUAUUAAAGCAGAAAAAGAAAUCAACUUUCUAUCACUUCAUAGUUUAUUAUGAAUCUGUUAAUGUCAUUAUUCUAAAACUUACUGUAAAUUCUGAAUAAUAUCAACUUUAUGGAUAUCCCAUAGUUUAAUUGCUCUUAGAUUUUUUUGAACAUGUGAGGUUCUCCUGAUUUUUCUCAUCACAAAUGGUAUUUUGAUCACCCACACUUGUACACAUCUCUAAACAUCUCCUUCUAGGAAUUCUAAGGAAGGAGAUGGAUGGGCCACAUGGCAUGCAUAAUAUUAACACUUCUCUUAUGGGGUUGGAGAGAAUGGCAUUUUACUUUUAUUUUUUAAAAUCACCAGUGAAAUUGAACCAGGCAUGGCAGCACAAGCCUUCAGUCUCAACGCUUGAGAGACAAAGCCAAAAGGGGCACAAAUUCCAGGCGAGCUAGGACUAUACACUUAGCAAAAUUCAGCAAAAGUGAAAGUUGAAACUUUCUUUUUCCUAGAGCAUCUGUAGUUUUAUUUUAGUAGUUACCUACAUUCUAAUUUUCUGUUGUGUUCACUUUAGGACUGAAAAGUAAGGUUCGUUUUAUAAAAAGUGUAUUAGGCUCCUGUUAUACUUUAUAUAAAAGAGAAAAUAGACAUAUAUUUUACCUUAAAGUAAAUGUUGCUUACUUCCUUGUAAAUGAAGUAAUUUCUUAUGAAAGAAAAAAAUCACAAGCAAAGUACACUAAUAAUUGUAAGAAACACCAGCUGCUGCUUAUUAACUUUAAUAUGGAAAAAAAUAUUCUCUCACCAUUUAUCAAUACAUAGAUAAGGGAGGUAGACAGAUAGUAGAUAGAAGAUAGAUAAUAGACAAAGAGAUGGUAGAUAGAUGAUAGGUAGGUAGAUAGAUAGAUGGUAUAUAGUUAGGUGUAUAAAUGAUAAAUGAUAGCUAUGUAGAUAGUUCAGCGGAUGAUUGAUAGAUGAUAGAUACAUAGACAAACAUAGAGACAGACAUGAGAUAGAUUCAAUCUAAACAGACAGAAUGACUCUGUUAUACAGGUUUGAGCUGCGUUCUCGUUAUUUAACAUUGUUUAUAGCAACCCUGACAUAUUGGAUAUAACACUAUUCAUGCACAGCAUGACCUGUAACGGCUGCAUAGUGAUUGUGAAUUCGCCAUAGUUUUAUAAUACAGUAGUCCAUUGUUGGAAUUAGGCCUCUAUUUUUCAUAAUAAAAUAUGAUCAUUCACAAUCUUUGUUGCUAGAUAUUGUGAGCAUUCUUCUUAAGUAAUUGCUUUAGAAAUCACUCCUGGAGUGGAAUUUCUAGAUCAAAGGGGAUCUGUACUUUUAUUAAUUUUGAACAGAUUACACUUCUUGAUUAAUUUGCUGAUGCAUAUGUCUCCCAGACAGAUGACAGAGCCCAUUUCUUUCGGCCUCACCCAUACUAAGUCCAUUAGCACUGUGAUCAUUGACAACAUAGUCACCUAGAAUUCCUCAUGCAGCUUGCACUUACGUUAUUUAAAUACUGAUUAUGUUAAAUAUCUCUCAGUGUCUGGGGGACAGUUAUGAUUCGUGUGAUACUAAUAUUUUUCUGUUGAGUGUAUCACCUCUUCAUUGCUUUGUGAAAGCACUUUAUAUAUUAAAGCAUUAAACUUUGUCGUCCAUAUUUGAAGAAUUGCUAUCAUGUUAAAUAUAUACACUAGAUUUGGGCGUGUCUUUGUUGGCAGUUUUUAUUCAUUGGAAAAUGAUGCUGAAUUCCUACAUAUUCAAAUGACUGUUUUUCCCUAGUUGAUAUGUUAAUAAUGUAGAACUAUAUAAAUGGACCUCCUAAUAUUGAAACAGCCUUGUAUUCUGAGAAUAAACUCUCUUUGGAUUUCAAUC